UGCCCGUAAGUUUGUAAACAAACCCCAAGUACUCGCACGUGUGUUUGUCUGUCUCCCUCAGUCUGUACAAUACCCGACAGAAUGAAAUUUAAUAAGCAGAGAAAUGCCACCAACAAGCCAAAUGCUAUCGGUCUUGCGAAAACUCUUAUGCAUCGAAAGGAACGCCGUAAACAGAAGCGGCUGCAAGCUAAGCAGAAAAAAUCCCUAUUCACAAGAAGGUUUCGACGUGGGAAAGGUAGAUUUUCCAGUGAGGAUGGACCUAAUGGGAAAAACAGUCCUAAUGCGAAAGGAAUCAAACAAUUGCAAGCUUAUGCACAGGCCGAAAAAGAUAAGUUGGGAAAGUUCAAAGACAAAGGUAAUAACAGCAAGAAAGGCAAAGGUAAAUUCCAAGGGCAGGGAAAGGGUGGCAAAAAGAAUAUACAGAGUGGUAAUAAGAGAACGCAAGAUAAUGAAUCAGAGGAGGAGGAGAAAGAAGAACAAGGUUUCAAAAUGUCCUCCUCGGUGAGUGAUCGCAUGGCCAGAUUGCAGGAGUAUGUCAAUCAGGAGGCAAGGAAGAUGGGGACAUUUAGUGAGGAGGAAGGAGGAAAGAAGAAGAAAAAGAAAAACCAGGCUGGGGUGAGCGAAGAGGCAGAGACAGACAAAGAUACCAGUCACAUCAAAGACAAGACAAAGUUGAAAAAAUUACAACAGGAUAUUGAACAAGACAACAAGGAGAUCAAGAAAUUAUCAAACCUCCUAAACCUGAAUGCAAAGUCCCGCAAGAAAAUGGUGCCCCUCCUCGGAGAUGACUUUGGUAGCCUGAUUGAAGACAUUGAAGGAGGACACAUGCAACACCUGAAUAAGUAUAAGCAUGCAGAUGUUGCGCCAAGUGACAGUGAAGAUGAGUUAGAGAAAGAUAUGGCCAUGGCACUAGGGCAGACAAAGGUGAAGAAAAAGGAAAGUGAGGUUGAAGAAACUCUGGAGGACAGAGAUGAGAGAGGUUCAUUUGAUGAUGCAUUUGAUGCAUUUGAAAAUGGAGAAGAUGAUGGUGAUGAAAUGGAAGAAUAUGAGGGAUUGGGUAGUGAUGAGUUUGAUACUUUUGAAAAUGGCAUUGAUGUCGACAGUGAGGAAGACAGUGAUUUAGAGUAUGGAUAUGGGGAGGAGAGAAGCAAACCUACAAAGUUCAAAAAGAAGAGGAAGGAGAUUAAAAGUACAGAAGAAAAUGAGGAUGAAAUGGGUUAUGGAGAUGAGAGUGAAGGCAGUCAUGAUGAGGAAGGAGAACUAGAUGACAUAGAAAAUGGAGAGGAUAAUAGAUAUGCAAAUGGAGAAGGUGAUAGUGAAGAUGGGAUGUUUUCUGCCGAAGGUGAAUGGUAUACAGAUGAUGAAGAGGAGGUAAAUGAACAACCUAAGAUAGAUUAUGGCAGGAUAUCAAGAGAGAGGGAAGAUGAUUUUGAUGGCGAAGAAGUUGGAAGUGAGGAGGGAGAGGAAGAGGAAGAAAAUGAUGGCUUUUUGGAUACAGAAGCAAUGGAAUGUAGUGAUGAGGAGAGCGAAGACGAUGGGAGGGAGCUUGUACACGACAUCAGGAAUGAGGAAGAUUUUGCCUUUGAGGGAGGUUCUGGCUACUACAGCAAGCCAGAAAUCCUAAAGAAUGGACAGGAAAAUGAUAUUGACAGAUAUUCAAGUAACAGUGAUGAUGACACAGACCUUGAAGACUUUGUUGUAGAUGAUGAGGAAGUUGAGUUUGAAGAUGUUGAUGAUGAACUGCCAGAAGAGGAAUUUGAUGACUCUGAUGAUCCUGCAAGUGAUGGCUUAUCUCCAGUAAAGAAGAGGACGAAGAAGAGGCUGGUUGUCAUGAGUGAUGAGGAAAGUGAAGAUGAGAAUGAAGAAAAGGGUGAUAAAGAUAGUGAUAAAAAGGGUGAUAAAGAUAGUGAUGAAGACAAUGAUAUGGUCGAUGAUGUACCUCUAAAUGCAAAAUCGAAGUUAAAGUUAAGUAGUAAGUCACCUAGGUUAAUUAUUAGUGAUGAGGAAGAUGAAGAAUAUGAUAAUGACAAUGAUAGUGAGAGUGAUGACUGUGGUAAUGAAAAAACUGAUGUGAAAACUAAGAAAUUAUUAACCAAGAAUUUAGUACCACUGCCCACAGUUACAAGUGAGGAUACCGGUGAUGAGAAAGAACAGCCAUCUCCAAAGAAAAACAAGAAGAAAAAGAAAAUCAACAUAGGAAACGUUUCAGAAGAUGAUAGUGAAGUAAUGAAUGAGUUAAGUAUUAAGAGAAAAAGGUCAGAAUUGUUGUCAGAAGAAGAAGACGAAGAAGAAAAUGAAGAAGAUCUGGUAAGUAGCAAAAAAAUGAAAAAAGCAUGUUCUGUAGCAUCAAGUGAAAGUGAAGACUCAGAUAGCAAAAGCAAUAAAAUUAAAACAAUUUUGAAGAAGCCAACAAAUAGGAGGCAAAAGAAGACAGCACCAAGGAACAACAGAGCAAAGGAAGAAACCAGUGGGAAGAGACGUGUGUCAUUCGACCUUCCAGAGGUAACGGAUGAAGAAUCAGGUGACGAAUCAGCCGAGAGUGCAGAAUUCAGUGCUGAUGAUGAUGGUGAUGAUGGUGAGGGCAGCAUUAAUGAACAGCCUUUGGAAGAGGAACUUGAUGUUGAUGAUGAGUCUCCUGGCAGUGCUGAAUUUAGUGAGGAUGAGAUUAAUGACGAUAAUGAUUUUACAGAAGGUGAUAAAGAUAUAAGUGAGGCAGUGAAUAAUGAAAAAGCAGAGGAGGAGGAGGAGGAGGAGGAGGAGGAAGAUGGCCUAACAGAGGACAUAUAUGGGCGCCUGAGGGACCGGGAAGGAAAUGUAGUGAAGCGUGAGGAGGAGGAGGAGGAGAGCCAGACCAUGGGUGGUAAGUACAUUCCUCCUGCCCUUAGGAAGCUUAUGGCCUUGAACACUGAUGAGAAGAAGAAGGAGCAACUGGCUAGGAUGAAGAAGACUCUCAAGGGCCUGCUUAAUCGACUGGCAGAGAGUAACCUCGGUGGUAUUGCCAACCAGAUUGAGGGCAUGUACACCAAAUUCAGCCGCAAUGACAUGAGUGAAGUCCUCACCAGUCUGCUGCUGGAAUCACUUGUGGGGCCUACGCUCACUCCAGAGAGACUGGUUCAGGAGCAUGCCAUGCUGGUGGCUGUACUCUCUGCCAAUAUUGGGGAGGAGGUAGGUGGAGCUUAUCCUUCUGGUACUGCGUGGUGUGGGCUUCACCCUGCGCAAGGAUGACCCUCUGGCCCUCAAGUCACUCAUCACCAGGAUCCAAAGCAAAGCAGCUGAAGUAGAGGCCCAGAGUGAGGAUAGCACUUCCUUCACACGUAUCCGUUUCAUGCUGGAGGUGGUCCAGGCCAUCCGCAACAAUAAUAUGGCUAAAGUGCCCAACUAUGACCCGACACAUGUUGAGCAUCUAAAGAAAGUCCUAAAGGGCUUUGUUCGUAAGGGCGCUCAGAAUGCACCACUCAAGGUCACCUUGGAGGACUUGCUGAAGGCUCGGGAGUGUGGCCGCUGGUGGAUUGUGGGUUCAGCCUGGUCGGGUAGCCUGAUUGAUGGAAAAACACAGGAAAGGCAGCAGGACCUGAAUACUGCCAAGGGCUUAGAGACAGAGUUCAGUGAGAAGUUCAAAGAGCAUGCAGCCAAGCUGCAACUGUCCCGUCCCCCUAGAAUCAACAUUCUCUACAUAGUGACAGAGGGCUCGGAGGACUACCUGGAUGCCUUUCAGAAGCUCAGCCAGCUUAGCCUCCCACCGCAGCAAGAGCGGGAAUUGUUCAGUGUAAUAUUGCUUUGUGCGCAGAAGGGGAAGGAGUACAAUGCCUUCUUUGCAUACCUGAGCAACAGAAUGUGCAAGUUUGAUAGAAAAUACAAGAGGUUGAUCCAGUUUGCACUCUGGGAUAAGUUCAAAGAAUUGGAAGAUCUCAAGCAGAGAGAAAUUGCCAAUCUGGCCAAGUUCUUGUCCCAUUUGAUUGGUGAAGAUGCCGUCAACUUGUCAGUUCUGAAGACAAUCUCAUUUAUGGAGGUGGAGGGCCAGACAGUUAGCUUCUUAAGGCAGCUCCUUAUUUCUCUCCUACUGCACCCAGCUGGAGCUGACACUGUCGAUAAAAUUUUCUCUCAGCUGUCCCUCUCUCCCAAGCUGCGUCUUCUCCGCCAGAGCCUCCGGAUAUUCAUUCUUAAGUUCCUCAGCUCCAAGAAGCAAUCAGAAGAUCCCAACCAUCAGCUCCUCUAG